AUAGUGGGAAAGAGUUACCAGUGGGCUUGUCCGGCCGGCCAUUCUCUAUGAAGAAAGGAUACGAGUGGUAAUCAUGUGUUCAUUAAUCAAAUGCCUCCAUCAAGAAGCUGCUCUUGAAAGCUUGCUUUUUGACUUGAAUCAUGAAUGUCAAGCUCGUAUAUAUUGUUGUCUGCCGUCUUUGCAAUGCAGGGUUCGAGAGUUCAAGGAAGCAAAUCAAGGAAGCAAGUAUGUACAAAAUGAUUGCAUCACCAUUAGAGCCACUGUUCGAGUUCUUGCGAAUCGGCAUGAAGAAGUUGAAGCAGGAUUCCAUUACCGUACCCGACUCCAACCUUGACCAGGGUUUCAAGGAGCUACUGGAAUCUGAAGUUGGUUGGGACAUUGUGUUUCACGUUGGUGAUGAAGCAUUUAGAGCUCACAAGUCGAUUCUUGCUGCGCGAUCCCCUGUUUCCAGAGCCCAGUUCUUUGGACCAGCAGGGGAUCCUAACUUGAAUGAAGUUACAGUGGAUGAUAUUCUUCCCUCCGUCUUCAAGGUGUCCGCAGCUACACGCCAUCUUCCAUCGAAGCAUGAUGGUGAAGUCCUCAAGUUUCCAGAAACUUCUUCCAACUCCUCGCCAGAAUUCUCCGCUUCAUCUACCGGCUGAAACUACUACACGUGUCCACCCUACCACGUGAGCAUCCGACGUGGCGUGCCGAUUUCGCGGAAU